GAGGCUGUGCAGGGGGUGGCAGGACGGGGCCAGGGGACUUCCUCCCCUCUGUGCUGGGCGCCUCGGCUUCUUCCACUUAGCCGUGGGGCUUGCGUGCUCCUGAAACCGCUGUUAGCGAGCCUGCCCUCCUCUGCUGCUCGAGGAGUAAUUAAAUGGCUCUGACUGGGUCAUGUAAGAGCUAGGGAACGUUCAGUGGCCGCUGGAGGACAUAGUGAAUGGUGCCAUCUUUGUGGGUGCCUGCUCAUAAAAGCAGUUUCCAAGGGAGGACAGUUCUGCUGCUCCAUUUGUUCAGGGUAGUUCCUUUUUUUUUUUUUUUUCUUUAGUUCUUUUUUUUCUUUUGUUAGAAUCAUAUCGGUCAUCAUUCAGUCCUACAAGCGAGGUAUGCUUGUUAGGGAUGAGGCAGAAUGUGCUAGUUUGCUCUUGCUUACCAAGCCAGAGAAGUCCAGAAAUAGGCUGCAUGGAGAGGCCUGAUGCUGUUUAUUUUGUAAGGAAUUCCUGCCCAAUCUGGGUCUUGAGCCUCUGCAAACACACUUCUUGUUUUGGCAUCAAAAACAAAAGUCAGGUGGAGGUUAAGCCAUAAAGGAAGGAGAAAGAAGUGGUGAAGGUCACAGUCUAUGGUACAUUUUAAUUAUCAGUUAAGAUGGAUAUCCGAGGUGCUGUAGAUGCUGCUGUCCCAACAAACAUCAUUGCUGCCAAAGCUGCUGAAGUUCGAGCAAACAAAGUAAACUGGCAGUCAUAUCUUCAAGGGCAGAUGAUUUCAGGUGAAGACUGUGAAUUUAUUCAAAGAUUUGAACAGAAAAGAAAUCCAGAAGAAAAACAGGAGUUGUUGCAAACAGAAGGCAAUCAAUGUGCUAAAACAUUUAUAAACUUGAUGACUCAUAUCUCCAAGGAACAGACGGUUCAGUACAUUCUGACUAUGGUUGAUGAUAUGCUGCAAGAAAAUCAUCAGCGCGUUUGUAUCUUCUUUGAUUAUGCAAAACGUGGUAAAAACACUGCAUGGUCCUAUUUUCUGCCGAUGUUGAAUCGACAAGAUCUUUUCACUGUGCAUAUGGCAGCAAGAAUUAUUGCCAAACUGGCUGCAUGGGGGAGGGAACUUAUGGAAGGCAGUGACUUGAAUUACUACUUCAACUGGAUUAAAACUCAACUCAGUUCACAGAAACUACGUGGGACAGGAGGUUCUGUGGAAGCAGGAUCAGUCUCCACAAGUGAUAGUUCCCAAUAUGUACAAUGUGUUGCUGGAUGUCUGCAGCUGAUGCUCAGGGUCAAUGAAUAUCGCUUUGCAUGGGUAGAAGCAGAUGGAGUAAACUGUAUCAUGGGGGUCUUAAGCAACAAAUGUGGCUUCCAGCUCCAGUAUCAGAUGAUUUUCUGUGUGUGGCUGCUGGCAUUUAGCCCUCAAAUGUGUGAAUAUCUCCGUCGGUAUAAUAUUGUUCCAGUGCUGUCGGAUAUUCUUCAAGAAUCUGUCAAGGAGAAAGUAACGAGAAUCAUCCUUGCAGCAUUUCGGAAUUUUUUAGAGAAAUCUACGGAGAGAGAAACUCGCCAAGAAUAUGCUCUUGCCAUGAUUCAGUGUAAAGUUUUAAAACAACUAGAGAAUUUGGAUCAGCAGAAAUAUGAUGAUGAAGACAUAAGUGAAGAUAUCAAAUUUCUGCUGGACAAGCUUGGUGAAAGCGUGCAGGACCUUAGCUCCUUUGAUGAGUACAGUUCUGAGCUCAAGUCAGGAAGACUGGAGUGGAGUCCUGUACACAAGUCUGAGAAGUUUUGGCGGGAGAAUGCUGUAAGACUAAAUGAGAAGAAUUAUGAACUACUCAAAAUCCUGACAAAACUUCUGGAGGUUUCUGAUGACCCACAAGUGCUGGCUGUAGCUGCUCAUGAUGUGGGAGAAUAUGUACGACACUAUCCCCGUGGGAAACGAGUGAUCGAGCAACUUGGUGGUAAACAGCUGGUAAUGAACCACAUGCAUCAUGAAGACCAACAAGUUCGUUAUAAUGCACUAUUGGCUGUGCAGAAGCUGAUGGUUCACAACUGGGAAUACCUUGGAAAGCAGUUGCAGUCAGAACAACCUCAAACGGCCACCGCACGGAGCUAAACAAUUCCGUCAGUUCAUGUUUAUAACUACAGUAUGUCUUUAAUAUCAAGGAAACACUGAAAUCAUCCCAUGUUCUUUGCCUGAUACUAGUGCACAAACUUUCCAGCUUUCCUCCAGUGUUGUUGGCUUAGUAAAAACUCGUUUGUUCAACUAGUUCUGAUGAUUAUGCCUCUUGGCUUCCUGUUAUAUUCUGAAUGUAUAUGAGGAAGUGUUGCUAAAAUAUUGUGUUUGUUUUAUGUAUUUAUUCUCAUAAUAAAGAAUAUUAUUAAAGGAUAAUCAUUCCAUGUUAUAAUUAGCCUAGAAGAAUUGUUCUCAUCUUUUAGUGGGUUAUCAGGGUUGUCACCUUCCAGGAAAAACAAGUAGUGCCUGUAUGUCUCCAGACAAAGUAAUAAAGAUAUUCUGUAGGAAAUGCAGCAGCCUGAGAAAUGUUGAUUAACAGUCCUAAAAUACAUACCAAGUCUCAAAAUAGUGUUAAAAUUGUAUAUAAAAGCAAAUGUAUGGAGUUUUUUGGGGUGGGGUGCUCCUCUCUUGUUAGAGACUACAUUAAAAAAUCUGGAUGUGAGAAGAGGAAAAGAAAAAAAACAUUCCUCUAAUGAAAAUUGAUCCACUUAAGAUUAUUAGUCAAGCUGUGUAAUGUCAGUGUUAAGGCUGUAGAUCAGAGAUCAAGUUGUGUGGUUUUUUUUUUUUUUUAAUAACAAAUGUGCAGUAACGAAUGAACUUGGAAUUUCCUGGCAUGUUUUUGUUAUUGAAAUACUUGUAAAUGUUAGGGUUCUGGUGUCAUUCUAAAAUCUAUUGUAUUUCCUUUAUAUUAGCUAAAUAAUUUGGCUAACAAUCUUUUCUGUAUUUUGUAGCUCCUGAUAGUAAAAAAGAUGUAUGCAUCAAUAAAUCAAAGAUGAUAUUGGAUUGACAUGUGAAAACAGUCUUGUUGCAUAUAGAAGAGCUUGGCUCCAGGAACUUGCAACACUAAGCAGUUAAUAUUCUUUAGUUCAUUUUUAGAAUGGAAGAAAAAAAAGAUGAGGGAACAAGACAUAAUCUCGUUGGUUGUCUGGUGUGGUCCAAGUCUCUGAGGAAGUUUAGGGUACUUUGUCAUCAAGUCAAAAAAGAAAAUUUGGAAAACUUUUCUUACAUUGUCUGGAUUUUCAUUAUAUAUAACUAAAAUUUGACCACUGUUCCAAGGGAGAGAGAAGACUUUUAUGGGAUGACAGUUUGUGAUGAUUUCUUAUCUUGCUUAAUUAAAAUUGGAUUGUGUAGAUUAAUGACUGUUGCUUACUUCUGCAUAUAGGAGGCAUAAGCUUUGACACUGAAGUUCAUAUCAUGGAGAUAGAUGCUGAAGCCUGAAAAGAAUUAAACUGACUUUAGCUGGA